UUUUACAUCAUUUUACAUCCUACUGUUGCUGUAUCAUGUUCAAUAGGCGAGGAACAUGGCGGAUAGUAUGGGCGCCCUGUAGUCGCGUGAGGAGAGGAGAGGAGGGGUGACGCUCGAGAGAUAGAAAGUGAAACGAGAAGGAAGAAGAAGCACACGCCCCAGAUGGCGUUCAUGUCCCGGUUCUCCCGGUCCCGGAGCAGCUCGAGAUCUCCCAACAGGAAAGAUUCGGGGCGCGGGUCCCCGGUGCUAACAGUGUCUGAGCUGGAACGGCUCCUCUACACCGGGAAAACAGCGUGUAACCAUGCCGACGAGGUCUGGCCAGGGCUCUACAUUGGAGACCAAGACAUUGCAUCAGACCGGCGUGAGCUGGCACGGCUUGGCAUCACCCACAUCCUGAACUGUGCCCAGAGUAAGUGGCGCGGCGGGGCGGAGUACUACGCUGGCAUGGAUAUCACCUACCAGGGCAUCGAGGCCCACGACACGCCCUCCUUCGACAUGAGUGUCAACUUCUACCCCGCUGCAGAGUUCAUACACAGAGCCCUCAGCAGCGGUGGUAAGGUGCUGGUGCACUGUGCGGUGGGUGUGAGUCGUUCGGCCACGCUGGUUCUGGCCUACCUGAUGAUCCGUCAGAACCUGACCCUGGUGGAUGCCAUCAAGGCAGUGAAGGACCACCGUGGCGUAAUCCCCAACCGGGGCUUCCUACGCCAGCUCAACGGCCUGGACAGCAUCCUCCGGGACAACCGCAAGGCUCUACACUCCCCAACCUCCCCAACCUCUCCAACCUCUCCAACCUCUCUUUAGAGCUAACAGGCUAACACAGCUAAAUACACUACUUUAGAGUUGUAACAAUGCUAACCCAUCUACAAAACCUGGGUUAACCAGGGUAAACCAUUUUUUAAACCAGAAAAAUACAUCAGCAACGGGUGUCAUUGUCUUUCCCAUGUCUUGAUCUCGUCAUGAAAAAGGCGUCUUUACCUGGUUGAAACAGAGACCAAUUGGUCGGAAUCUGGUUUUAUGACAUCUUCAAAACCAGAAAAACAGUUUACAACCAGAAAUUGAUAUAAUUCAAACGUCAGGCAGAAUUUCUUUCCUGCUGUGUGGUCGUGUGACAAUCGUUGUCUGUUUCCCUUUUUAUCUUUGGAUAAAAGCGCCUGGGUCUUGACUAACAAUCCCAGGUAUUGUGGUCAGUUAUACAGUACUAACUAUAUGGUAGAAUUAAGUAUCAAAGGGAUAUAAAUCAUGCCUUAUAUAGACGUAACUUCAACCUAUACAGUGCAGUAGAGACAUGGAGACAUUUUGAUGACAUGUACAAUCAUAUCAUUCCCAAAUGGCCAUUCCAAGACAUUUAUAUGUUUCCCCUUAAACCACUCGAGUGUUGCUUUAGCAGUAUGCUUAGUAUCAUUGUCCUGCUGGAAGGUGAACCUCCGUCCCAGUCUCAAAUCUCUGGAAGACUGAAACAGGUUUCCCUCAAGAAUUUCCCUGUUUUUAGCACCAUCCAUCAUUCCUUCAAUUCUGACCAGUUUCCCAGUCCCUACUGAUAAAAAACAUCCCCACAGCAUGAUGCUGCCACCACCAUGGCAGCAUCAUGCUGGGGAUGGUGUUCUCGGUGAGUGCAUUACGCACUCAAGCCACCAUCAGUACGCACACCUGCCUUCCCCCCGUAACAUGCAUCAGCGAUCAUUGGACUCACGUGGACUCAAUUACUUGUGUCAUUACCUUCCCUAUAUCUGUCUGUUCCCAAGCUCUGUUCCCUGCUUUGGGAUUAAUUGUCUCAUGUCCGUUUUACCCGUGUCCUGAUGCUGUUCCUGUCUUGUUUCCUUGUCUGUUCCCAAAUAAAUUUCUGACUCCUCAUUCCUGCUUCUCCUGUCCGGCGUCGGUCUUUACAGACCUUGCGUUUUCCUUGAUGGACAAAAAGCUAAAUUUUAGUCUCAUCUGACCAGAGUACCUUCUUCCAUAUUUUUGGGGAGUCUCCCACAUGCCUUAUGGCGAACACGAAACGUGUUUGCUUAUUUUUUUCUUUAAGCAAUGGCUUUUUUCUGGCCACUCUUUUGUAAAGCUCUGUUGAGUGUACAGCUUAAUGUGGUCCUGUGGACAGAUAAUCAGAGAUAAAACACUGGACUGUGGACUUUUUAAACGAAUUAUGUGACUUAUGAGGGUAAUUGGUUGCACAAUCUUAUUUUGGGGCGUCAUAGCAAAGGGGGUGAAUACAUAUGCACGCACAGAUUAUUGCUGUGACAAUACAAGUAAAAUUAAAAUACUACAUCUGUAGCUACCUACUA